AAAUCAUCUUUGUCAAAAACUCUUCUUAAAUACUAGUAUUAUCUAUUCCUUGCACCUUAUAGCCACACUCUUGGUUUAACUAAGCAACACUCUAUAGUUCAUUCAACUAAUCAUCUAAGAAAAAUGGCAAAUGAAGAAACAAAACCAACAAUAAGAUUUGGAAUCCUUGGUUGUGCAGAGAUAGCUAAAAAAGUUUCAAGAGCCAUAAACCUCUCACCAAACGCAACUAUCUAUGCUAUUGGAAGUCGCUCUUUAGAAAAAGCAAAAACAUUCGCAGCUUGCAACGGUUUUCCAACCGUUGCAAAAGUAUAUGGCUCAUACGACGAGGUUUUAGAUGACCCCGACGUUGAUGCCUUAUACGUGCCACUUCCGACUAGCUUACACCUUCGAUGGGCGAUUCUUGCAGCUCAAAAGAAGAAACACUUGUUGCUUGAGAAGCCAGUGGCUCUUAAUGUUGGUGAACUUGAUAAGAUAUUGGAAGCUUGUGAAUCUAAUGGUUUGCAAUACAUGGAUGCUACUAUGUGGAUGCAUCAUCCUAGGACUAAUAAAAUGUUUCAGUUUAUGUCGGAUCCUAAUCUCUUUGGUCGUCUUCAAUCGGUACAUGCAACAUUUUCAUACGGAGUGAAUCAACAUUUUCUAGAAAACGACAUUCGUGUGAAGCCAGAUCUUGAUGCAUUAGGAACUCUUGGUGAUACUGGUUGGUAUUGUGUUAGAGCAAUUUUAUGGGCUGCAAAUUACGAAUUACCCAAAACAGCAAAAGCUUUACGCAAACCAACGUUCAACGAAAAAGGUGUCAUUUUAUCUUGUGAGGCUUCUCUGUUAUGGGAAGAUGACAGAGUAGCAACUUUCUAUUGUUCCUUUUUAUCAGACAUGUCAAUGGAUAUAACAGUUAUGGGGACAAAAGGGUCAUUGCGAGUUCAUGAUUAUGUUAUUCCUAAUGAAGAAAAAGAGGCUUUUUUUCACACAAAUUCAAAUUCUUAUUUUGGUGAACUUUCUACUGGUUGGGCUCCUAAACCAAAUGAAUGUAUAGUUAAAACAGAUAUUCCACAAGAAGCACUUAUGGUUAAGGAAUUUGCAAAUUUGGUUGGAGGAAUUAAGUUUGGUGAUUCAAAACCUGAGAAUAAGUGGUCAAUUAUUAGUAGGAAAACACAGGUUGUUAUUGAUGCUGUCAAAGCUUCAAUUGAUAAUGGUCUUCAGCCUGUUCAUAUUCUUUAUUAGGUCAUUUUAGUUUUUGAAGUGUUUCAAUUUUCAUUUUCCAAAUAAUGAUGGAGUAAAUUAUGAUUUUGAGUUCUGAAAUUGUAAGUGUUUGUUGAUCUUAUAGCAUUUUGAUUGACAUAGACAAUUUUAAAGAGCAACUUGAUAUUUUGUAAUUUCAGACGUCAAA